AUCAUUUAGAAGAUGAUAACUUAGCAGAAAUUAACUUGACGUCAAGGUUUAGUUUCGGAAAUGGAUCAGAAGUUUCGUCCAAUGACAGAGAAGGAGAGUUAGAUAUAUUCCAGUUUGCUAGAGGUGCGAAAUUGCAGCUUGUCGGAGUGUUUUCUGCACAAGACAAUUUCUACACAAACAUAUCAGAGCCAUUCUGGAAAUCCGGGAAGCCCCCUAACGACAGUCCGAAAGUGGUGACAGUGGUGACCCACGUGACCUUCCUUUUCUAUCUCGGCCUGUCCUUUCUCUCGCUUUCCGGCAUGAUACUAUCCCUCACCUUCCUCGUGUUCAACAUCAAAAACAGAAACAUCAGGUUCAUCAAGAUGAGUUCGCCCAAUCUGAAUAACAUCAUCAUUGUGGGAUGUCUAUUGAGUUAUGCUAGUGUGUUUGUACUCGGAUUUGACAAUAAUAUGGCCCAAAAUGUUCUCAAGCUCAAAAGCUACAACGCCGUCUGCUCAAUUCGAGCGUGGUUCCUGACUACAGCUUUUACUCUGUCUUAUGGCUCAAUGUUCAGUAAGACAUGGAGAGUGCAUCAGAUUUUCACAAACGUCAAAAUGAAAAAGAAAGUGAUCAAGGAUUACCAGUUAUUUGUGGUGAUUGUGUUUUUCCUCUUCAUCGACAUUCUUUUACUAAUCAGUUGGCAACUACUCGACCCAAUGACAAUCAAACGCACCCAAUUCGCCACUCUGUCUAUCUCGGCGGACGAGGAGCAGGUGCUGUUCUCGGACGGGUGCUAUUGUACACACAUGGCCAAGUGGCUCGCACUACUCUACGGAUACAAGGGACUCACCAUGCUGUUCGGCUGUUUCCUGGCGUGGGAAACUAGGUCAGUCACCAUCCCCGCCCUGAACGACUCAAAAUACAUAGGCAUCAAUGUCUACGUCGUCAUGCUCGUCUGUCUUGUGAGCAUUGGUGUGACGAGUGUAAUCGAAGAUGCAGAUCACAGCUUCAUUCUAGUCUCCACUCUCAUUCUAUUUGCAACUACAAUCACACUAUGUUUGGUAUUCGUUCCCAAGUUGCACUAUCAAAACAACUGGUCUAAUGAUCAUUUGGUCCAGUUUAAGAAAGUCGACAUGACUCAACGACAAAGAUUCAGCGUAGCCUCGAACAACAAGAAAAAACCCAACCUUACUCGAAGCGCCAAAAGCCCACCUCCGAACACGAAACUCCCCGCAAAACAAUCACCAUCUCCCCGAAAUAACACAAGAAAAAACAACCCUACUCCCUGUGGAACUGUUGUCCAUUCUACAAAUGCGGGUUCUAAAUAUAACACAACUUUAAACGUGGAGAAAUUGGAGAUGGGUUCGAGGAAGACUAAACAUAAUAAUCAUGAUAAUAAUAUUUCGAAAACGAACAUCACAGCUAUCAAUUUAUCUCCAAAUAUAGAAGGGGAUGAUGCGCAUUCGCUGAUGGUUCCUUCCACCUCCAGUGCCGAACACUCUCAGACUCGGAACAUGAUUGAAGGGUUGCAAGUGGCAGUGAAAAGUAAUGCUGACACACUUAAUCAGAAGCGAUUAGAAACUGAGGCAGUUCGGGAAAAAAUAGAAGCAUACUUCGGCUCUGACAUUCUUUCCUCAAUAAGCCAGCCAAAUAAUGCCAGAAUAACUACAAUAGUCAAAGUUCACAACAACCCGACAGGCGACAAUAGCGAUGACGUAAUGUUGGGAGAUGUCCGAACGAAGGCGAAUGUGACGACUAAGCUGUCGUUUUUGAAUGACGUGGAAGUUAUUUGGGACAAAAGCACUGAACAUGGAUCGCAGGAAAAGUUUUGAAUAUAUCAGAAAUCUUCCCUUUUCAAAAUUAUAACAUAUAUUAAUU